AUGUUAGAGCACUACUGCAAUCCCGCCAACCUGGAUCCCUCUACGGCUCUCAAGACCUUGGCUGGGGAUGAAGAUACUCAUCACGUUGACCCAAGGCGGAUCAAUCAAGUAUUCUGGGACUCACGCCUUCAGACUGGAGAACAGAGGGACGUUCAGCAAUCCGAUGAUUACUCUUCAGGGUACUCAUCCAACAAUAGUCACAUAUCGUCUGAUGAGACUCUCCAAGAAAAUACCCCAGACCAACUAGAAGCUGCACCCCAGACUUUACGACAUGAACAGUACAGAGUUCCCUACGACACAGUUGAAAGAGUCUCACCUCCUGGGCCUUCCCUUAUACACUCAAGUGAACGUUCGGUUAUUGGAGUAGUGGACUUCGAUGAUACUGUACCACGAAAUCGAGCUGUCGAUACCUCCCGUCUGGAAAACUGGCUUUACGAACGCGUCAACGAAGCUAUCAGUCGUGGCAGCCUACCGCAGAUUAAGCAACACGACACGAGCGAAGAGCAACCCUUACCGUCUGAGGAAAGUUCUUCGCAUGUGUUGAACUUUAGACACUUGACGAUAUCACGAGACCAAACGGCCGCGAGUGAUUUCGAAAGGGAUCUCCUCGUAUCUCUCAGUGCUGAUUCCAGGCACGCUGCCCCUAACAUUGCUACCCGGCCCUUUAUUACGACCAAUCCCGUUCGAGGUAGCCCAUCGCCUAGAAUAACACGCGAUUCCUACAUCUUCUCGAGAGCAACAUUGAUAGGAGCUCUCAAGACUGACCCCAAUUUGACGCCCAGGGAGCAAAACAAGCUAUCGACCAUGGCUGAGGCUGGGCAAGACAACAUGAACAACAAGAAUGGCCCACUAGGAGGUGCAUCUGGACAUGUCAAACCCGAGGACAUCGACGAAAGUGGCACAGAGCUUUCCACGAUGCAGCUCAAGGAGAGAAUUAGGCAACUGGAGAUUGAGAUCAAUGAUUUAAGACAGUCCUCUUCUAAAUUAAAUACGGACGCGGAAGAGAAACGACCACCAGUGUUUCAAACUUUGAACCGCAUCGUUGGUCUGCCUGAAAUCUUUCUGGGCUGGCCAACUUUAAGAGCAGAAGGUUCCAGAUACAGAAUCAGGGUCAAUCAAACUGUCGAGGAUAUGGACAUUUUCCUGAAGGGAAAGGAGAAUGUAGCCUUCUUGAUUGAGAGAUGGUUCAAUGUGGACAGCAUGCCAAAUAUCAAGGAGAUUGAGGCAGCCAACAAAGCCGGUAUCAGCCUUCCGGACCCUAUGUUUCGCUCCACGCGUAUUCAGUUCAACAGCGACGAGAUGAAGGACGCUUUUGCAGCAUUUUUGCGAGCUGCGGAGGGCCAUUUUGGAGAAUUCCAGAACAUCGACUUGGACGAAAUCCUCUGGAGCCCUUACCCAUUUUGGUUUCACUGCCGGAAAACUGGGGUCGUUGAUGGUCUCACAAAUAGGGAGCAAGAGCUGAUCAAGCUUCUCACAGAUUGGAUAGAAGAAAAUUACGGACAUGAGUACUCUGAGGCCGACGAGAUGCUCAAGAGGGGCUUUGUUAAAUCCUCCAAAAUGCCUUAUUUGAUUGCGCCAGGCGAGCUUUUCUCUUGGAAAGAGCAUGGUCAAAUCAGAGGAUACAAGGCAAACUCAUGGCCGCGAUGGAGCCCUCGGGACAAAAAUGACUCCAUCGAUUCCCUCGACUCUCUAUGGGAAGUCAGCGCGUGGACAUACCGGUAUGAUGGGAAGUUCUGGCAGAAUCACGGGCAACUCAACCCUUACUAUGACCGUGUGCCUGAAGACGAUAAGGAGCUGGCAAUUUCGUCACUUCGUGCAGUACCGAUGAGGUUUGAGACCGAAGAGAACAGACUGAUGCUCAAGAAGAGGGGGUCCACUUUUUGGAAGUGUCGUAGUCGAAGAUUCGUAUCUUAUCAGAAUCGAGAGACAGAUGACCGGCUGAGCAAGAUCGACGAAAGGUAUAUGAUAGACUUUAACGUCUAUCGAAAGCUGCAUUCAGAUACAGCCGGUUUCAAACGAGAAUACCCGAAAAUUGACCCCGGUGACUAUGAGGAAUUUGAUCUCAUGGACGACGAAGGUGGCCCUGAAGGCGAUGACACGAUGUUGUUUCCUCCAACCAUCAUCGGAUAUGACAUGCGCCGAAAAGCUUGGAAUGAUCUGAACAUCGAUUACGUGCGAGAGAUCCAAUGGCGAAAGGAAGCCUUCAAUCAUCUAGUCGUAGAUGAAGAAACGAAAGACCUUAUCCAUGCUCUCAUCACUAACAAGAUUGCAGCGGAUAAGAGCACUGACUGGAUUGGAACCAAAGGCAACGGGCUGAUCAUGCUUCUCCACGGCGGACCCGGGACAGGAAAGACAUUUACCGCAGAGAGCGUUGCCGAACUUGCUCAGAAACCACUAUACUCUGUCACCUGUGGUGACAUAGGUACGAAGCCAGAAGAUGUGGAGAAGUAUCUCGAGUCUGUUCUGUAUCUUGGCAAGGUUUGGGAUUGUAUUAUCCUGCUCGAUGAGGCCGACGUGUUCUUGGAGCAAAGAACGCUGAGCGACCUAAAAAGGAACGCCCUAGUCUCUGUUUUUCUUCGAGUACUUGAAUACUACGAAGGGAUUAUGAUCCUGACGUCGAACCGAGUCGGGAUAUUUGACGAAGCCUUCAAAUCACGUAUUCAGUUGGCCCUACACUAUGAGAGCCUCGGCAGACCUGAGCGUACGAAAGUUUGGCGGAACUUCUUCAACAGGCUUAAGUUUGUUGGCGAGGAGAACAUCGACUAUGAUACUAUCGACUCGUAUAUCGAGGAAUUGUCCGAGUACGAAAUGAAUGGACGGCAAAUUCGCAACGCCAUCACUACCGCUAGACAAUUAGCUCAGUUCAAGAAGAGGCCGAUGACAUACGGACACCUGCGACACGUUAUCAAGGUUGCCGGAAAGUUCGAUAAUUAUCUUAAAGGAGUUCAUGAGGAUAUGUCUGAUGAGAUGAUUGCAAGGGGCGAGGGUAUUCGGUGA